ACACUAGCGACAUCUCUCGGUAUCGGUAAGUUAUCGAGGCACAUCGGUUGCGUUACCGACCACUAUCGAAUCUGCCAUUCUGUACUCGUGCUUUACCGAGGAUCGAUACUGCAACCGAGAGAUCCGUGACGUCAGCUCGUCGGUAGCGACUGCGUGCCUCCCCGCGUGAGGCUACGACGGCUGGGCCAAUCAGCAAACGAGACAUGCGGGAGUGAUCAGGAAUGGUGAUGACGAAUGCGGUUGGGCAGGUUUGAACUUGUUGAGGCGUCUGCUCUGUUUGUGUUGGAGAGAAGUCGUUGUUCGUGAGAAGUGCCCGUAGAGAAGUGUGUUAGGUUUAUUGUCUUUAUUUUUCUUUGGUGUAUUUUGAAGUGAAAAAUGUCUGCUGAAUCAUCUAAAAAGACUCGCUGCAGCAGAAUCAAUGCUGCUCAAACCAAGGAAAUGGUGCGAUACAUGUGUGAGCACCCAAAGUUUGCCCGGGGAGCCCAAAUGGGCUAUGAUGGGACCCGGACAAGGGAGGAGAUGUGGGAGGAGCUUGCUGGGAUCCUAAAUAAGUUGGGCGGGAGGAAAGAGGUAGAGCAGUGGCAAGUGAGCUGGCGAGAUAUCAAGUCGAAGGCUACAGCAAAAGCUGCUGGGAACCGGAAGGAUCGGGCAGCAACAGGGAAUAAGGAGAUCACCACCAUACCUCUCACCGAGCUGGAGCAAAAGGUGGUGGCAAUCUAUGGAAAAGAGUAUUCAGAGGGCAGUGCGGUGCUCGACACCCUAGUGGAAGAAAAUGAGCUGCAGCAGAGACUAGUCAAUGGAGAGGUCAUACUUGUAGAGUUGGAUAGUGAACAAUUGGAAAAUAUGGAUGACCAAUCCACAAUUUGUACCUUGGACAAUCAGAUUGAGGGUGCUGACUGGGUUGAUCAGGAUCAGGAUCAGGAGGAGCCUAAGCCAACCACAAGUGGGACUUCAACAUUUUUGAGAAGACAACAGCAACAGACUGCAUCCCAAACCAAAACUCAAAGAAAGCCAAAGAACCCCAAAAAUCCAAGCAAGGAGCGGAUCGGGGUGCAACUAGAGGUUGCGAGGAAGAAUUUUCAAGAGCUGUGUGGUAACCAGACCGCAGCGAUGCAGCUUCUUGCAGAGGCAGCAAUGAAACAAGCUGAGGCUGCACAAAUGCAGGCGGAGGCAGCACAAAAGCAAGGGGACGCAGCACUUUUGCAGGCUGCCAAUGAGCAGCGGCGGAUUGAGCUGCAAGCUCAAAACGAUGAGAGAUUAAUGACUGCGUAUGGGAAAAUGACGGAUGUUAUGACUCUGUUAUUAGAUAAAUUAAAUCAACUCUAGUAGAAAAUAGAAUAAAU